UGGAUUUCUCUGAUUUUAAACAAGGAAGUUUGGUUUUAAAAGCCAUAUAAACAGAUGAAACUGCAGUGAAAGCACCUGUGCAUGAUAGUUAAAUGUUGUUUUUUUAGUCUCUUUAUUGAGACAUAUCUCACCUGAUUGACGUCCUAACAGGUGAGUUAUGUCCGCAGCAGCAGAUGGAGAACCUCCGAGCUCGGUUGAAGUUUGGGAACGAAGAAGAAGUUGUGAAACUGAGGAAAAGGAAAUCUCAACUGUAUUCAAAGGAGGAUAAAAACCCUUUCAACGGUGUGCUGGGGCUCGUUUUGUUCUGUGUUGUGUUCAGGCUGAUCAACUGUGUCCUGGUUCGGACCAGCUUCGUCCCUGAUGAGUACUGGCAGUCCCUGGAGGUGUCCCACCGCAUGGUUUUCAAAUAUGGGUAUCUGACCUGGGAGUGGAAAGCAGGAAUAAGAGGAUUCAUGUAUCCCCUUUUCUUUGCCUUCCUGUACAAGAUACUGCAUCUCUUAAACUACGACUCAGUCCAUCUCCUGAUUUGGCUCCCACGAGUCGUUCAAGCGCUCCUGGCUGCGUUCGCUGAUGUGAAAUUCUUCUUCCUCAUCAGAACGCUCGAAAGUUACGACUCUGCGAAAUGGAUGUUCUUCUGUCACCUGUGCUCCUGGUUCUCGUGGUUCUGCUGCACCAGGACGCUGACUAACAGCACAGAGACCAUCCUCACCUGUCUGGCUCUUUUUUACUUUCCUCUCCCCGGGUCCAGAACGUACAGCAGUAAGAAGUAUUUGUCCCUGGUUGCCUUGGCUGUGAUCAUUCGACCCACAGCCCUGAUCGUCUGGUUUCCUCUGCUGAUUUACCAUUUCUGUCAGGAGGAACACAAGCUGASGCUCAUCACUCAUGACUACAUUCCCAUAGGGGCGUUGGCGGUUGUGACCUCAGCUCUGGUCGACUGUCUGUUCUAUGAAAAGUGGACGCUGGUUCAGUUCAACUUCCUGAGGUUCAAUGUCCUCCACGGGGUGGCAGAGUUCUACGGCUCCCACCCCUGGCACUGGUACUUCACUCAGGGGUUCCCCGUCGUGAUCGGCCCCCAUCUACCCCUCUUCCUUCAUGGGUGCACCCUCGCCUUCAGAAAAUACAAAAUCCUGCUAGGUGCUGUUGUGUGGACCGUUGUGGUGUACAGUUUUCUUCCUCACAAGGAGUUCAGGUUCAUCUAUCCCGUACUGCCUUUCUGCAUGUUCUUCUGCGGGACGUCGCUGGCUCACUUGAAAGCGUGGCGCCGAGCCGCCGCCGCCGGCCUGGUGGCGUCCAACCUGGUUCUGGCUCUGUACACUGGCCUGGUCCACCAGCGGGGCGUUCUGGAUGUGAUGGGUCACGUUCAGGCUCUUUGUGACGUCGGCAGGAAUUCCUCUGUCCCGCAGCCAGACGUCCUCUUCCUCAUGCCCUGCCACUCAACACCUUUCUACAGCCACGUCCACUGCCCUCUGAAGAUGAGGUUUCUGGAGUGUCCUCCAGAUCUGGGGGAUGAAGGUUACUCCGAUGAAGCUGACAGAUUCUACGACGACCCUCUUCUCUGGCUCAGGACCUCAUUCCCGUACAAAUCCUCCCUCCCGACACAUCUGGUUCUGUUCGAUGUUUUGGAAAAGGGAAUCUCCACGUUUCUGCAGGGAAAUAAUUUUAAACGGACAGCAGAGAUGUUUCAUACUCACGUUCCAGAGGGAAGAGUUGGAGGAAGCAUCUUUAUUUAUGAAAGGCACUGACAAACAACAACAACAACAACAGUAAACAUUCCUCUCUUAAUGUAACUGAAUUGAUUUGCAGCUCAAAUAAAUGUUUUAAACUCA